AUAGGUUGGUGCUUUGAGUUCUGUAAAAUUACUGCGCAGGAAUAUAGUUCUCAAUGUUAGUCGCUACAAGUGAACAUAUAUGCACAAGUUAUACAAAUAAGCCAAUAUUAUUGAACGUACAACUUUAAUUAAUUCGAACGGUGACGUUUUGUUUCGAUUAUACGCGAGAGGGAUACUGCGCAUGAACACGCGUAUGGGACGUCGUGAGGAAGACGCCGUGAGGUCGCCAUCUUGUCACAUGUCUGGGUUUUGGGCUCACAUGACCUGUUGUUUGGCCCCGUGAUCAGUCGCUUCCUGGCAAAUUCAAAACAUUCAAUCCUAACCACAUGGAUAUGCUGGAUCAAGCAUUGGACAGCAGCUCUCAAGACAAGAACAACGACUCGGCCUCGGAUGACGCAUCGCAGAUGCAUUCUGACGUGACGGACGGAGUGGAGGUAGACGGCCAGGCGGCGGCGGCCAUCGCGAGCGUGUCCCCGCAGACGCUGCUGGACCCGGGCAUCCAGUAUCAGUUCCGGACGGAGAAUGGCCAGGGGGGCGUCACGUACCGGGUGGUGCAAGUGGCGGCCGCCCCUGACACGGCCACCGUGGUGGAGACCAAUGCGGGGGGCGCUCAGGUGGUGACUGCGGGCACGGCCGCCCUGGUGGGCCAACAGGUGGCCCAAGCCAUCAUCUCGAGCCCCUUCGCCGCCGCUGCCAAUGGCGGCUCCAGCCCCACGGCCGAAGGCCAGUUCUAUGUGAUGAUGUCCCCGCAAGACGUGCUGCAAACGACGUCGCCCCGUGCCCUGGCCCCCAGGACCCACCAGUUCAGCCCCAAAGGGGAAGGGAACCGCACCGCCAGGGACGAGAGGCGCAGGGCCACACACAACGAAGUGGAGAGGAGAAGAAGGGACAAGAUCAACAACUGGAUAGUGAAGCUGUCCAAGAUAAUCCCGGACUGUUCCAGCGACCUGAACAAGUCUGGACAGCAGUCGUCGGUGCACCUGCACAGCAAGGGGGGCAUUCUGGCCAAGGCGUGCGACUACAUCAACGAGCUGCGCAGCAACAGCGCCCGCCUGCCGGACAUCCUGAAGGAGAACGAGCGGCUGGCCGUGGAUGUGGAGCUGCUGCGCCAGCAGUGCGACCAGCUCAAGGCCACGAACCAGCUGCUCAAGGCCCACCUGCAGCAGCACGGCAUCCAGGUCACCGAGGUGGUGGAGCACGCCUCCUAACCCCGCCCUGCUGGCGCUUCUGCCGCCUCGGGCGACGACGCCGGCUCCCGGCCGGUGAAGGUCAACUUACAAGAAUGCCCAAGUGAUAAAGUAAUUCGAAGGUUAGGACCUGUGCGGGCGACGAAGCGAAAGAGCCGCCGCACUCUCCGCCGGCGGCCUUGGUAGCAUUGCACGGCGUUGCCCGCGGAAGAAGGAACCUUCGGAGGCUUAGGCAGGCACAUUGUAUUCACUCUUAGUUAUCGUGCACGAGCGUACCAUGUAAAGAGUACAACGGAAGUAGCGUGCGAAGAGAAGCGUCUAGGGUGGGCCAGAACAUGGCUGCCCUUGUUUGCUGCGGUCCCCUCCGUGUUGGGACGGGGUACUGCUGCGCCGAAGGGUGGCCUCCAUUUCCUGUUGAUUGUCGCCCUGCUCCCUGUGUCACAGUGCUCCACUGCAUUUGCUUGACUGCAACUAGAUAGAAAACCUUGGUCAGCUCUUCCGUUCCGCUGGUUGCCUCUGAACCAGUAUUGGUGGCUUGUUCUCCUUCUUCAAAACUUCAACAUUCUUCAGACUUCUUUUUUUCUUAUGGGGAGUGGGACAAACGAGGCAGCAGGUUUGAAUUUAUGGAUACGUGCCAAGAAAUUCCCCUUUUUUUCACGGAUAUAAUUUACUACCACAUUACACAUUUCCUUUCAAAGCCUUUUGAGCUCGAUUCGGGGGUGAAUGCGAGUGCUAACGUUAUUAUUGCGGUACCUGUGGGAAAGAAAAGCCACACAUUUGGAGUUUGUCGGGUUUUUCUUUCCGCUGAAGAUGGCUUUGAGUUUGAGCGUACUGUGUGUGUGCUUACCUGUUGUGUAUAAAAGGAUUGUUUUUCAUCUAGUCAUUGCUCCAACUUCUAUUCGCCUGAGAAACACAUUUGGUUACAGAUGUAGGGAAGUAUUUUGGGUUGAGGAUGUGGUGUCUGCCCUUUUGCUACCUUUUUAUGGUAUUUCCACGUGCUCCUUUGCCCCGGGUAGUGUUUUCAAGGUAUGUUCAUUAUGUAUGAUUGUUUGGGAUUGGGUAUGUCUGCGACGGAGCAACACUGAGCACAAACAUACCUUUCAAGUUUUCCUAGCAUUUUUUCGCAAAGUGUGGUGUAAGGCUGUGAACAUGUGAACCCCAGGUUGUGCUGUUUUUAAAAAUAUCUGGGUAAUUUUUUUUUUCCUCUGUUUGUUUAGUGAGGGGUUGAGGAAUUGUGUUUACAUUCUACUAUGGCACCUUUAUUUGUGACCCAUCUGUAUAAAAGUAAAAGCAAAGCUGUUUUGGUGGUGGUGCUUUGUUAAGUUUUGGUAUGUCUUUGAAGUUUCUUUUCUUGAAGUGUAGUGUUGUGUAUCACUUGAAACUCUGUAAAGCUUUCUUUGUCGCAGAACCUAGUGUUGUGGGAAGUUUGGUACCGGCACUAGGACAUGUAACCAAGGUAUGAUAAGGGCUUUGUUGAAUUCUAGUAAGUGAACAAAGCCAGAAUGACUAGGCCUCUUGGAACGAGUGACUGCAAAAUUGCUGGCUUUGCGUCUUUGACUCGGUUAGUGCAUUGCACCUCCUUAAUUUGAGCACAGGCAUGUUAUACAGGUUGACUUUGGUGAGUUUUGUACUGCCCAUCCUCCUUGUGUUGCUAUUUGGCUGGGGCUCCUCUGGCCAUAAUUGAUCCACUGUCUUACUUUGCAUCUGCUAUUUAUGUUGUGUACUAUACAUCCCUGACAUGGUGGGAGCAUGACUGCGUGGUAUGAAGCCCUCGUUCUGUUUCCUGAAAAGCUUGUGUACAUUGUUUGUUUCUUUGAAAGAAUUUAAUAAAAGAAGCAACAUGGUAAGGAAAA